CAGUCGGCGGACGUGUUUUCAUCGGCGGUCGGUCGUUCGCAAUACUCCAUCCACAAACCACAUCCAGAAUCGCAUCUCAGUGGAAAUCAAAGUGAAGAAUUGCGCGCGCGGCAAAAAAAACCGCCGAUUCCUAACGAGUGCAAAUAAAACCUAUUUUUUUUUGGUGCCUGUUGCCUGCAAAAGUUUACUCAACAAACAACAAAUACAAGCACGGAGAGCCAGAGUUGUGCCAAGAUCGAGAUAAAUCACUGGAUUACUUUAUUUUUAUUUUUAUACCAUACAGAACAGAAUAUGCUUGCUGCCAUGUUGUGACUCUGAUUACCGGAUAACAACAAGAUGAUCAAGUUCCGCUACAAAAGGAAAGAACCCACCAGUGUGGUGGGCGUAGCAGCCCCAACUGCAGGAGCAGCAGCAGCAGCAUUGGGAUCAGGAGCACCCACUUCCCCGGGCACAUCCCCAACAUCACCGGUUUCCGUUCCCGUGCCCGUUCCCGUUCAAGUCCACCAUCCCCAGUUGGGGCACCUGAUCAGCAACAACGGAGGCACCCUGCCGAGGAGUAGUCCCCGCAAGUUAGUCCUGGAUGGAGCCGACAAGUCGGCCACCUUGACCCGCCAGCAGUCGAAGCAGAAGUCGGUCAGCGCCUUGGCCAAAGUGGCCAGCAGCGUGGAAUUGGCCGUAAUGGGCUAUAAUAACGCCGGCAAUGGCAAUGGCAAUGGCCAUAUCAACAGCGCGGGAAAUUCGGAGAGGGAUCGGUGCAUCAAUGCGGUCAUCGAACUUUUCCAGCAACUGCAGACCAGUUCCGAGCCCGCCUUGUGCCCGGAGCCACUGCGUCGGGCUUUGGCCAGUGGUCCUUUGGCAGGACGCCGCUUCCCACUCGGCUGCUUGGGCGAUGCCGCCGAAUGCUUCGAGCUCCUUCUCCACCGCGUCCACUCGCACAUUUCGCCGGAUGACGGCGACUCCUGCGAAUCCUCCGCCUGCAUCGCCCACCGAAGAUUCGCCAUGCGCGUCAUCGAGCAGAGCGUCUGCAAGUGCGGAGCCAACUCGGAGCAGCUGCCCUUCACCCAGAUGGUGCACUACGUCUCUGCCUCGGCACUGACCUCCCAGAAGAGUCUGGCCCUGCAGUCCCAUCAGCAGCUGAGUUUUGGCCAACUUUUAAGGGCCGCCGGCAACAUGGGCGACAUACGCGACUGUCCGAACACCUGCGGCGCCAAGAUUGGGAUUUGUAGGGCCCUGCUCAACCGACCGGAAGUGGUAUCCAUUGGCAUCGUGUGGGACUCUGAGCGACCGGCGGCGGAUCAAGUUCAUGCCGUUCUGAAGGCUGUGGGCACCAGCCUGCGCCUGGGUGACGUUUUCCACCAGGUCAGCGAGCCACGAUGGGCCCAGCAGACCCAGCACGAGCUGGUGGGCAUCGUGUCCUACUACGGCAAGCACUACACCACCUUCUUCUUCCACACGAAGCUCAAGGUGUGGGUCUACUUCGACGAUGCGAACGUGAAGGAGGUGGGGCCCAGUUGGGAGGGCGUGGUGGACAAGUGCAGCCGGGGUAGAUAUCAGCCGCUCCUGCUGCUGUACGCGGUUCCCCAGCAGCCUUCGGUUGGCAACGGCGCCGGUGUCAGUCACGUGGAUCUGGCCAUGCCGGCGAGUGCUCCAUCCAGCGCUGGCUCAGUGGUUCGCCGGGCAGUUACGCCCAGUCCGGAGAAGCCCAGCUUGGGCAACACAAGGAGGGCCAUCACUCCGACUCCGCUGAGGACACCACCCAACGACUACCAGAACCUGAGUGUGAUUCAAAAGAAUAUCUUUCCGAGCAACCUGGCAAUGGGCACGGAUGAAACGGAUGCCUACAUCAGCCGCAAGACGGUGGAACAUGUGCUCAGUGCCCAGUACCAGAAUUUGAGCGUGAUCCAGGACAAGAUUGGAGGCGGGAAUGGAGUCGGUGUCGGUGUUGGUGUCGGUGUCGGUGUCGGCCAACAGAGUGUGGACAAGGAUGGAGGCUUUCUGAGUCGCAAACCCAUCGAGGCGGUGCUGAGUGCGCAGCUGGCGAGGAGGCAGCACCUGCAGCUUCAGCGCAGCCACAGUGCGGAGUCGAGCUCGGGCCACGGCUCCUCCAACGGCAGUUCUCCGCCCAGCGAUGGACUGACCAUGCCGGAGCACCUGAAUCAGCCACGUCGUCGCGACUCGGGCAAUUGGUCAGGCGAUCGAAACAGCGCUAGUUCAGCCAGUUCUACGACACUGGACAAUCCCUACCUGUACAUGGUGGCCAAGAGGGGAGUGGCAGCAGUGCCCCAGAGCCCAACGCGACAUGGUUUGCCUUAUGACCCGGGCUACGACUCGUUUUCGCUCAGUUCCACGGACUCGUAUCCGCCGAAGCAUGCGCUGAAUCCCCAGCUGGCCAAGAUCCCGGAGGCAGCCAUGGGCGUCGUUCCAAACGGAGGAGCAGUGCCCCACGGACAUGGCAACGGACAGCUGGCCUUGUCCGGGGACUGCGAGAAGCUGUGCCACGAGGCGGACCAGUUGCUGGAAAAGUCCCGACUGGUGGAGGAGUCGCACGAUUUGGAAACAGCCCUGGUGCUCUGUAAUGCGGCUGCCGGGCGGGCACGGGCAGCCAUGGAUGCCCCGUACAGCAAUCCGCACACGAUGACCUUUGCCCGGAUGAAGCACAAUACGUGCGUGAUGCGAGCCCGGAGUCUGCACCGCCGGAUUCUGGUGGAGAAGGGGGCCGAAACGGAGGCUAUGCCCGAACUAAAGCACAUGCGCGAAGGAAGCACGAGUAGUGUGAAGCACGUGCGCCAGAAUAGCAAGGAUCGCACGUUAGAGAAGGAGCAGCAGCAGCAGCAGCAGCUGCAGUUCCAGCAGAUACAGCAGAUGCAGCAGAUACAGCAGAUCCAGCAGAUUCACCAGAUCCAGCAGCAGAUCCCAGCCAGCAUCGAGAUAUAUGCCACGCUCCCGAAGCGCAAGAGUCCUCUGAAGGCCUUGGCCUCUGCAUCCGCGUGCGAUGACAACGCCAUCGAGUACGAGCAGGAGAAGCAACUGGCCACCAGUCCGGGAAAGCCGGAGCGGGAGAGUCGCUCCCUGUUCGGACGCAAGGACAAGGACAAGGACAAGGAGAAGGAGAAGCGCAGUCGCAGCGAGGAUCGCAACAAGCUUACCCGUGAGUUCUCGCUCACCGAAACGCUGCUCGUGAAUGCCAAGGACACGCUGAAGAAGCACAAGGAGGACAAGGACGAGAAGAAGGAGAAGGACAAGAGCGGCAAGAAGCAGCACAAAAUCAGACGCAAGCUAUUGAUGGGCGGGCUCAUUCGUCGCAAGAAUCGCUCCAUGCCGGAUCUCACGGAGGCGGUGGACGACGUUACGGCCAAUGCCGGCAUAACACACCAUCCACAUUAUCCUGCGCAGGGCGUGACCACGGCGGGCACCCUCCUGGGCAGCUCUGUAGACGACAGUGCCGUGGGCUUGGGCAAGCACGGCCACGGCAUGAGUGGCUACAUCUCCGAGGGACACUUCGACUACUCGGGGUCCGGGUCGGGCUCGAAUUCCGGAGCCGGCAGCAAUCCAAAUCCGAAUCUGGAGAGGAGCAAACUGAUGCGGAAGAGCUUCCACGGCAGCGGCAGGCAGUUGACCAUGGUGCCGAAGGUGGCGCCACCGCCGCCCAUGCGAACCAGUUCCACUUUGACCCCACAGCAGCAACAACAACAACAGCAGCAACAACAACAGCAAUUCCACCACGAGGCCAACUUGUCCAACCUCUCGGCCAUGAGUUCGAACACAUCGAUUAGCGAGGACUCCUGCCAGACGAUCAUCACCACCUGCGCGCAGGUGCACUCGGAGCAGAGUCCUCUGAAGGAUCUGCAAAUGCUGGUCGGCCAGGAUGAGCUGCCACUGCCGCCGCCAAUGGAACUGCCCCCCUACCCGAGUCCACCGCACUCUUCCUGCCAUUCGCGACAGGCUAGCGAAGAUUUCCCGCCACCACCACCGCCGGAAUUGGAUCUGGAGCCACUCAACCAGCAACUGAGCCAGCUGCACGCUUUGGAGGCUGCCAGUAAGCAACAGCGCCAGCAACUUGAGUCCCUCGAGGGCACCACCAGCAUUUUGGCCCAGCUGCAGCAGCGCCAGCACCUUCUCAAGCUGAGAAAGGAGCAGGCCAGUCACCCGGGAGCAACCACCACGGAUGCCACCUGGCUGAAGGAGCUGCAGGCGAAACAGGCCAACGAUUUGAGAGCCAUGCAACGCAAGCUGGAGGCCUCGUCGCCAUCAAGUGUCAGGGAUUUGACACAUCGCUUCGAGCAGACCUCCAUUCGAUCCUACGCCUCCCAGGAGCUAUUGUCCCAGCCGGGACAGACGCAGCAGAUGGGGCAGAUGGGGCAGCUGCGCACCCAGAUGAACGGACUGCCCAACGGCAACGCAAAAUUGGAUGUGGAUGAGGUGGACGCUAUGCCGCCGGUGAGAAACUCCCUGCCCGCCGCACUCACCGCUCACCAAAUGCUGCCCAAGCCCAAGUACGAAAUGACGCAAUCGCAGAUAGCAGAGGAGAUUCGCGAGGUGGAGUUGCUGAACACGAUGGUGCAGCAGACACUGAAUCAGAACGGAGCCACCGCACUACCCAAGCGGGUAAAGAAGAAGAGCGUAUCCUUCUGCGACCAGGUGAUCCUGGUUGCCACAGCUGGAAACGAGGAGGACGAUGACUUCAUACCCAAUCCCAUACUGGAGCGGGUCCUGCGGACUGCCCAGCAUCCCAACGAGAAGGUCACCGCUCAAAUGAUCCAGCAGCAGCAGCAGAACAUGAUGCGAUUGCAAACGGAAGCGCAGCCGCGGCAACAGCAGCUGCAGCAGAUGCAACAACAGCAGCAGCAACCAUCACCCAUGUUGGGCAGACCAGCAGGAGCCACAGCAGAUAUGCAGCGGUAUGUGCAGAGAAUGCAGCAACAACAACAGCAGCAACAACAACAGCAGCAACAACAACAGCAGCAACAACAACAGCAGCAACAACAACAACAACAGCAGCAACAACAUCAGGAGAUGUACCGCCAGCAGCAGCAGCAUCGCACUAGUAUGAGCGGCAUAGCCAGCCAGCAGCACUUGCAGCAACUGGAUGCACAGUACACCACCAUGCCGCGUCCCUUGCAUCAUUCACAGCUUGGUAGCUACUCUGUGCACUUGCAGAAACACCAGCAGCUACAGCAGCAACAGCAACAGCAGCAACAGCAACAACAGCAGCAGCAGCAACAACAGCAGCAGCAAGCUACGCAGCAACUGAGCUUGGGCUACUUCAGCAAUGGCAGUGUAGCGACUUCAGAGCAAGUGCCACUGCCUUCGCCCUACCAGCGGGUGCCCCUGCCACAUGGGUACCAGCCUGCUGCAGCAGGACCGUACUACCCGCUGCCCAAUGCCCAGCAGCACCUGCAGCAGCAGCAGCUGAUGGCCAAACCUGUGCAGAAAAAGGUUAGCUUUGAGCCAGGGACCAAGGGCGAAGCCGAUUGCUUGCCACCGCCACCGCCGCCGCCGCAAAAGAACGGGUUGCCCGAGGCCGGAUCUGCAGGAUUAGGUCACCCUGGAGCAACAGCCGGAGCAACCGUUGCGGGCGGCACCUCAUCGGCCGGCAUCACCGCCAUUCCCACCCGCGUCUACAACAAUGCCAUUGUGAAGGCUUCUGCGAAAGCCGUUGAGUGCAAUUUGUGCCGCAAGCGGCAUGUGAUCGCACCGGCGGUGUAUUGCACCAACUGCGAGUACUACCUGCAGAUGCUGAACCAGCGCAGAUGAUGAUGAUUCGAGCCCCGACCAUCGACCAUCUCUAGUGCAACUAUCUAGCCGUACAUGGAACCCGUUAAUCUCAAGCAAUACAAUGCUGCCACGUCGCCAAUAAGGAUCCGCCAAGGAUGUACAUAGCAAGGUUACAAAUACGUAGGUCUAAGGAUAUAAGGUGGUGCCAGCUAUCAGGCGAAUUGCAUGGACCCAGGACUCAAGGAGCAGGCGGAAUGCGGAAACGGAGGGGAAGCACAGUCCUUCUAUGGUUCUACAUGAGAAGUUCCCGCUGUGACACGUAACCCACCCACUAAUGCCACCACCACCCAUCACCACCCACAUCAAUGCCAAUGUCCCCAAGCACACGCACACAAGCAUAUUGUACACGCCCAUUCAUACCUACACAUAUACUUGCCCAGAAAUUGAGUAAUCAUUCUCAGCGAUGCAGCGAUUACCACCGAAUGGGAUCAUAGUAAAAUCCCACCGCUGCAACGUUUACAAACUGCACAGUGCCACCCGUCGCCCCAUUGGACAUCGACCUCUUGACUAACUCCACACAUUAAAACACCCAAAGCCUGACCAGCCGUCCGCCUCCGCAAACCACCACAUAAGUGUAAUUUGUUUCGACAACGAAUUUGUGAGACGCCAGCAGUUUGAAACUUGGUCGCUGAGCUUCCUUAUGCGUGCUGUUGUCCAACGACACUCGCAUUACCAUAUUUUUUUUACAUAUUUUUUUUUGUAUAAUAUUUAGUUUUACUCUUAUCAGUUUAGGCAUUUAUUUUUUUAUUGUCGUACUUAAUUGUUAAGAAUAUUUUUUGUGUCUUGCA